ACCAACACCAACCCUUUUCUAUCUCUGGUUCUCUGUACAACUUUUUUUAAGGUGUAUACCUUACAUUAUAUACAUUACAUUUUUUAACAAUGGUAGCAAUCAAGCUUUUGUUUCUUAUUUUCUUUUUUGUUAUUGCCCUCCCUUUUUCUCCUGCGGAAACAACCCAUAUGCAUAAAGGACAUGCUCAACCUCCGGUUCCAGCCCCACUAGCUUCAUACACUAUACCAUCGUACGGUUAUACCCCUGGCAGCCUCGAGCCACAAGAAUGCGGAGAAAGAUGUGAAUAUAGAUGCUCAAAUACACAAUACAGAAAACCAUGCUUGUUUUUUUGUAACAAAUGCUGUGCAAAGUGUUUGUGUGUGCCUGCUGGUACUUAUGGCAAUAAGCAAUCUUGUCCUUGCUACAACAAUUGGAAGACCAAAAGGGGAGGUCCCAAGUGCCCUUAAUUUUUAUACAUACCCUAAAUUCUCCAACUACAUACUCUCUCGAUCCGUCCCAUUAAGAUUGUCGAUCCUAUUUAAUCGAAAAUUUUCUGACAAAAAAUUCUUAAAUGGGGCAAACUCAAAACGAGGGAAUGAUAUUAAUUAAUAUUAUACUAGCUCUACUAUUAUUUUUUUCACUCCAUUUUCUUUCCACCACUAUUUUGGUCUAUCCAUGUUCUUUCAUGUACUUUCUUCUCUUUGUCAUACAAAAUGUAGCUCUUUAUUACAAUACUAGUGGAGAAAUCCGUACAUUACACGGUUUUUUUAGCAUCGACAU